AUGGGCACAUGUGGCGCACAUAUAAAGCCCGUGAUUUCUCGUCAUUUUCAGCAGCCAUUUCAUCACAUGGAUCAAGAGUCUCAACAUGCAAUCGCCCAAACUCAAUGCCUUUGUGGGCCAAGUUAUAACCCAUUCUGCCAAGAUGAGCACCGUCGCCACACCACGCUUUGCGAAUUCAAGUUUCUAUCUCAAGAGAUAAACAUUUGCCUAAAAAUCUUUGAUUAUCAUAACCAGGAGCUUGAUCUUGCACUCCUGGAAAAGUAUAGGGAUAAGAUCCACCGCUUCCUUGAUCUCUAUCAUUACUAUUCCAACUUUAUGGAAACCGAUUACUCUCCUGUAGCGAAUAUUUUCGAGCCCGAUGCUUUUGAUUCUUUGGACGUAUUGAUUGAUGGAAUUGCCUCUUCAUUCGUGCUAAUUAAAAACAUUGCUUCCUUGUUAUUGUUAUUGCUACUAUCGAUCGGGGCUUCCUUUUUCUCUGACCUCAUUGAGGUUGUAAAGGUAACCGAUCCUUUUGUUUUUCUCUAG